AAACGCUGUCCAAGGGCGCGUUUUGCGAUUUUGAAUGCACGUUGUGGUUAGAAGUAAGUGAUUUUAUUCGUUGGUUUUAAGUAUAAGUUGUCCUUGCCUAUAAGUCGUGGAUCUGCUGUGUUUGGUUCCACUAGUUUAUUUUUUUUGCUGCAUAAAGAAUUAGUAAAACGUCUCGGAACGUCAAAUAGUCAGUAGGUCUUCUCAGCAUAUUAAACUUACUGUAAAUAUCUCUUUUUUUCUCGAUUACUAUUUUCCAGAAGUCGCUUUGCCAUUAUUUUUCGCCGUCACCUCAGUAAAAACGUUUUAUUCACCAAAUAGGAACGUCAAUUUAUUUUCAGUGUAUAUUUCAAGUACGAUCUCUAACAUACCUUUUAGUAGUUGUGAACUCCAUUCUCUAUAAUGUGUAAAUUGUCUCGUAAUGUCAUAUGAAUUCUCUAACUAAAAGUAGUAAACUGACGGUAAAUAUAUAACUGUAUAGUUCUCAAUGCGAAUAUGCACGUUAUGAUUUGUUCCGCUUUUCAAAGCUAUUUCUAUUGAUUAUCUUAUGCUUAGGGGAAAUUUCCUUCCACUUGUGCUGUUUAGCAUUUUCAGUUGCCUUUAGAAUUACUCUCCCCUACCUAUUGGUGUACGUCUUUAAGUAGUUUAUGCUCAAGGAAAGCAUUACUGUCAUCAGAUCCUAACGCAGCAUAACCAUACUAUGACACAGCUGCUCAUAUUAACUUGCCUUUUUUAAAAAGUAGAUCAUGUAUGUGGUACGGCAUCAUAGUUAAUGUAAUCAGGAUUUUUCUGUUCAACCUUGUAAACAUGUUUAAUACCUGUUUGUAGUAACCUAGUGCUUGAGUCAUUUGCUAAUUGUGAAGUUUUACUCCAUAUAGAUUCACUUAGCACAUCUGUUUUUCCAUCUCACCUGCCUAAUUCCAUAUAUUUUGGUUGGGUUGCAGUCACAUCAGUAUUUCUGACGAAUACUGACUUGUUCAGUAUUUCCUCGACUACAGCUAGUACCUUAGUGUGGUAGCUAGGUUUACCUAUUGUGAUGGCGCAGUUGAACUAUAUUGACCAAAACACUUUCGUUUUGGUCUUAUUGUGCCGAAAGUCGGUUGGAAAACACCAAGACUAAAAGCAUUUAUGAGUCCGGGGACGCAGCCGUCCUUCCAUUGAUAAUUUACUUGACCACGUCGUUUUCCCAAUACUAUUCACAAAUAUUGAGCUUUUUAAUUUUGCCCUUCUAACCUCUCUUAUUUCUCAAAGAAUUAUGGAUGAGGAUCAAUGUUUGGUGCUUGGUUCAACAGUUUCUGAUAUAAGUGGUCUGAAAAAAGAUAUUCUUAGCCUUGGCCGUGUUCUAAGAGCUUGUGAUUUUCAAAACGCAGACGAUUUAAAAAAUGCCGAUGAGAAUAAUUCAUUUCCAUGUAAAAUGUAUUGUUAUGAGGAAAAGAAUGAAAUAACUUCGUGUGGCAAUAUUUUUUCUGAUCUCAAAAGUAUUAAAAGCCUUUUAUCCGAUACCUCUAGUGCUUUUUCAUCAUACAGUGAACAAUUAAGGACCGCAUUUUCAGUUGUUAACAAGUUUUCAGAACUUUCCAGAGUAACGUCUGAAAACUCAUGCCUGAGCUCCGUCGAAACAGAGCAAGAUUUCUAUCAUCUGUUAAGUACAUUGGCCAGAGGUUUACAAAGCGGAUUGUUUGCUCGUAUACGGGAAUUGAGCACCUUUUCUCUAGACAAAAGUCUAAGUGAAUUUAUAGACCAAUAUAAUGAGCUAAACAUAAAAUAUAGUGAACUGUUAGUAACGUCUCAAGUACCUGCAAAACAGUCAAGUUCUACUGUUCUCCUCGACCAAACUGCUGUCUUUGAAAUGCUUGAAAAAGAAAUGAGCAAUUCCGCCAAAGAAGUUGAACAUGUCCGUUCCAGUUUUGAAUCUCGUUUAAACUCCAUCACUGCCGAUUGGGAAUGUGAACGGUCAAAGUUGAUGACAGAGUUGCACAAAAAAGAAGUGGCAAUCGAAGAACUGCAAAAACUAAUAGAAGCUAAAGAAAUUGCGUAUUCAAAAGAUAAAGGUGAUCUAGAUGAGUUGGCACAACAAUUCUGCUCAAAAGAAGAAGUUGCAUUGGGCCCAAAUAUGUCUUUAAAUCAGUUACGGUCAUUUCUAAAUAAACUUGAAAAAAAAUGUCCAUGGAUUUGGGACCUGUUCUAUGGAAAUUGCAAUGAAAUAACUUGUUCUGUAUUGCCAAAUCCUAUUGAACAGAAAAAGUCACUAAACAAAAUUAUUUUAGAAAGAAACGAGCUUGAAGAUCAAUGGCAUCAAACAAAACAAGAGCUACUCUCACUUAGGAAUUCGCAUGUUGAAUUGACUAAUCAGUUAAAAGCUAAAAAUGACGAGCUGAAUGCUAUGUUUGAAAAAUCGUCAAAACUACAACAACGCGUAUCUCAUUAUCGUGAAUUAGUGAAUAAACUAUGUGAUCCUAGAAUGGCUGUUGCUUUUGCAGAUAAUGUUCGUCAGAAUUUAUCUUCCAAUAAAGUUGAUGUCCAUUGUAGUAAUUCAUCUACUAUUCAAUCAACUCCUUUGAUCAAUUCAUCAAGCUCAAUGAAUUGUAAUAAUGUAACUUCUUGUGUACAAUCGGAUCAAGAAAACUCAUUGACUACAGUUAGUACUCUUAUAACGAACAAAACAUCUUCGCCGUCUUCUCGUAAAUCUUCCGAAACCUCAUCUACAUCAAUCUUCUCUCGCGUCGGUGCUGCAGUUACAGCAAUUGCUAAUGUUAUCACUUCGCCUAAACGCGCUCAACAGUCUCCUGAGUAUUCGUCUAAUAAUAAACGCAGUCGUCCUGCUGUAUCUGUUACAGAAUCUACAGGUUUAGCAAAAUCUGAAGAAAAACCUGUUCUCCAUCAGUUUCAAGAUUCCUCUCCGAACAAAAUUUCCCAUCCAGUUUUAUCAUCAUCGUCAUCUUCAUCAGCAGCAGCCACUCUUGACAAUGGCCCUAUGAGACAUCAUAGUUCAACACGUAAACCACUUACGGAAUUGCCUAGAUCAAAAGUUAAAUCACCUACCACCAACAAAUCGGAUCAUUUUCUUUCACCAUUGUCUUCUGCUCCGAUGUCGAAAAACGAAUAUAUCGAUAAUUGUUCAAAACCGAUUAUCGAUUUUCAUUCGAAAAAAUUAGAUCCUGAUUUUAGCUUUUUACAACAUGGACCUUUAGCGGAAAGCACAACUCAAUUACCACAGGAUGUACUCCGUUCCGUUCAUGCCAUUAUUGGUAAAAAUCAUCAGGAUACUAAUCGUCGACCAUCCGAAUUCACUGAUGGUCCUACUAUUUCUCAAUCACAAAAUAAAAAGGAUGAAUUUUUUCUUACUCCUGCAGCGCCGAAACCUCUCAAUCCAUCUUGGCAAAUUCCUAAGCAAGAACCUUUAAAACGGAAACCAUCUGUAGAAGUCCAUAACAAUAUGAACUCAAAUGAACUUAAUAAAAUCUCAUCGUCAUGCAUUGAUCAGAAAAAACGAGAUAACAUUUACACUAACACCAACCCCAUCAGUCAGAAGGUUCCAAGAAAUCCAUCAACAGUAACAGCACCAGCUCCUAAUUCACUUCAUAGAAAAACUUCAAAUACUAUUACACCACCUCAAGAGUGUAAUCCAUCCUAAAAUGAUUUCUUUUGCAAAUUUUGUUUCUUUCUCAUUGUUGUAAAUAAAUUGCUUAUUAUAAUUCUACUUAUG